AUGUCGACGCCGCCAUGGCCGUGCUGCGCGUCGGACCAUCUCAUCCAAAUCGCCGCCAACUCGCCGUUGAAGAAAACCCUGGGAUUGACAUCUGAGCCCGAUGUCGCCUCGCCGCUCCCGCCGCUUCCUCCGGCAACAGUAGCGUCGCCUCUGCAGGAGCUUGUUUCAAAUGCCGACGCGGCUUGUUCAUGUAACUCUUCAUUGCAUGGCGCUUCGGGCUUGACCGCAGCGGAAGAGCCGCGCAAUCAACCGCGGACUCACGACGCACAGCAGCUUUCCGCGGCUGGCGGAGGCGCAAGAGGACCAGCGCAACAGACUUCCGCGCAGGCGGAGGCGCAAGCGGAUUUCCGCGUGUUUCUCCGCCCUUUCGCCUCUCCGCCACCCGUGCGCCUGGACGUGGAUGGCGAGGGCGGGUUUGCGCAACUUCUCGCUUCCGCGGAUUCCGCCGUUUCUUCCGCCAUUCCCCCUGCGUUCGCGCUGGACUCGCAGUCCGCGGAAGGGGAACGGGGAGCUGAGCUUGGCGCUCUUCCGUCGCGCACUUCUCCUCUCGGGGGGUCGCCGCUGCUUGAGCUCGCAUGCUCUUGUCCGCAUCCCGCCACGCAUGCGUCAGCAGAGGCGCUGCAACCGCCCGUUGCAGCAGAGGAGGCCGUAGCGGGGCAGUUUGUAGCGAGACAGGCUGUAGCAGGGCAGGCUGCAGCGGGACAGCUUGUAACGGGGCAGCUAAUAGUGGGGGAGAGAGAGGCCCUGGCGACCAGCGUAGUUGGCGGGGGGCCAACGGGAAGCGCGGAGGGCACGUGGGGGAGGGCGGUGGGCGCUGGGGGAAAUGCGCACUGCGUAGGGGCGAAUGGGGGGGGAGCGCGGGGGAGUGACGAGGGCGCGCGGUUCUGGGAGAGCUAUGUGGCGGAAAGGGCAGUGGCAGCGGGGGAGAUGGCGCAGCGGAAUUGGGGGGAGGAGGGGAGGGGUUGGUGUUUUCUCCCCGUCUCCCAUCCCUCCCCCUCCCAAUCCGUUCUCCCUUUCACCCAACCUCCCUCAUACAGCCUUGUACACUCCCUCCGUCCCUCUCCCGUCCCUCGCUUCCCCUCUGAAUCCCUUCUUCCCUCAUCUCCCCCUCCCCCCCUCCCCCCACCCCCCUUCCUCUCUUCCAAUUCCCAGGCUAGUGGUGAUGGUGGAGCGAUACAAGGUCUCAGUCGACUGCUCCUCACUCAGCUCGUGGUGAUGGUGGAGAGAUACAAGCUCUCAGUCGACUGCUUGUUUGCAGUUCAGUCAGCCCUGGAGCUCACACACUACCAUUCCUCUCUUCUCUCUCCCUCUCCCUCCCUAAACCCCAGGCUCGUGGUGAUGGUGGAGAGAUACAAGGUCGCAGUCGACUGCUUCAUGUUCCAUACACUUCGUCACUCCCACCUCCCUUCCCCCCCUCACCUUCUAAACCCCAGGCUCAUGGUGAUGGUGGAGAGAUACAAGGUCUCAGUCGACUGCUUCUUUGCAGUCUGGUUUGUGCUCGGCAAUAUCUGGGUCUUUGGCGCCAACUCUGCCGCCCAGACCGCCCCAUUACUUCUGAGCGUGGUGUUUCUGGCGCUCAGCUGUGUGAGCUACGCCAUGCCCUUCCUCCUCUGCGCCACCAUCUGCUGCUGCCUGCCCUGCAUCAUCACGCUCAUGGGCUUCGAUAACCACAUUGCCUCCAUCUCCCCUCCCCAGGCCCUGGCCUCUGAAGGCGCUGCUCCUGAUGAGAUUGGUCCCCAUCCCCAAUUCAUUCACCCUCUUUCCGUCUGCUUCCCUAUUCCCCACCCCUGCCCCGCUUCCUGUCCCCCUCCGCCCAUCCCUUUUUCCCCUCCCCCCUUAUCCAGUCUGAGCGUGGUGUUUUUAACAUUGAGCUGUGUGAGCUACGCCAUGCCCUUCCUCCUCUGCGCCACCAUCUGCUGCUGCCUGCCCUGCAUCAUCACGCUCAUGGGCUUCGAUAACGAUAUCGCCUCCAUUUCCCCGGCCUCCAAGGGUGCUGCUCCUGAUGAGAUCGCCUCGCUGCCGUGCUUUAAGUAUAAGGAGCUGAAGCGGAGGAGGAAGGGGGGGAGUGGUGGGGUUGGGAAGGGAAGCAGCAAGGGGAGUGGUGAGGUUGGGCUGCUGUGGGCGGGUAUGGACAAGGAGCGGGUAGUGCAAGGGGAGGAUGCGGUUGGGCUGCUGUGGGCGGGUAUGGACAAGGAGCGGGUAGUGCAAGGGGAGGAUGCGGUGUGCUGCAUCUGCUUGGGGCACUACAAGGAUGGGGCGGAGCUGAGGCAGCUUCCCUGCAACCACCACUUUCACCAAUCCUGUGUCGACACGUGGCUGCGGAUCAACGCCAGCUGUCCGCUCUGCAAGGUGGACAUCAGCGGGCGGCCCAAGGAGGCUGUGGAUCCUGUGCUAGCAAAUGAAUUUGCAGCAGCCUCCUUUGUCUAA